GCUCGGGUCGCGGCGAGCUGCUCCCGCGGCGCAAGGCGACGGCGACGCGGGGCCGCAGCGAGCAGCGGCCGCGGAGGCGACGCAGGGCCGCAUCAAGGAGCUGGACACGGCGGCGCGGGACCCAGCUUCUCCAGUCGCCGCCGCACCACCGGCCGCUCCUCCAUCCCUUCUGCCAAUGGCGACCACUCACGCGAUCAGCAAGAAGCGGAAGUUCGUGGCGGAUGGCGUGUUCUUCGCGGAGCAUAACGAGAUGCUCACCCGUGAGCUCGCUGAGGACGGCUACUCCGGCGUCGAGGUCCGUGUCACCCCCUUGCGCACCGAUGCGGAACGGCGGCCACGGCGUAGGGCCGCGGCGAGCGGCGACGCGCGGAGGCGGCGCUGGGCUACGGCGUGCGUGGAGAAGAUGAAGUUUGGGAUUGAUUCAAUCAUAGUAGCCCUCUUUGUUUUCUUUCUUUUUUCUUCAAUGAUUCUUGGAUUGAAAUUAUGUGAAUGAUUUGGGAUAGAUUAUAUGAAUGAUUUGUUUGUGGAUUUCGA